AUGACGGCUGUCGCUCCUCCCUUGAAUUUCCAGCCGAACUCCAGAACGGGAUGGAGCGCUCCUAAUGCCGCCAACGGCCUGAACUCUAUGAGCGCCGACGACGUCUCCAGAAUGUUUAUGCCCCAGCGCAAGAGCGCCCAGCGAUCGAACUCCUCGUCCUCCAUCUCUUCCACCUCGUCCACUUCGACCAUUGCAUCGUCGCCCGCCCAAACCAACGGCGUCUCGCAACCCCAGCCUCAGGACCCGAACGCCUGGGGCUCGCGCAAGAAGCCUGCCCGCGGGCUAUGGCCCUCGUCCAAAGCUGAGCCUAUCGCUGGAAUCUCUACCGCUCGCCCGCAGUCUGUCGCGUCCACGUCGUCCGGUCCCUCGGCUGCCUCUGCAAUCUCUGCCCUUCAUACACCCUCCUCCAUGCUGCCCUCUCAGCACGGCCAAGCCGCGCAAGCGCAGCAGAACGGCGCACCCCGUGCCCAGGGUCAGAACGAGCCGCCUGCAAUCCUUCACCUCGUUCCGCUCAACGGUACCUUUGAGCGCAAAACCAUCACUGUACCAUACUUCCCCGAGGUCCUUCGCAUUGGUCGUCAGACAAACAACAAGACAAUUCCCACGCCGCUCAAUGGCUACUUCGACUCCAAGGUCCUUUCAAGACAACAUGCCGAGAUAUGGGCUGAUCGCUCUGGCAAGAUAUGGAUCCGUGACGUCAAGUCGUCCAACGGCACUUUUGUCAACGGCACUCGCCUCUCUCCGGAGAACCGUGACUCGGAGGCGCAUGAACUUCGUGAACAAGAUAUGCUCGAGCUUGGCAUUGACAUUGUCAGCGAAGAUCAAAAGACUAUCGUCCAUCACAAGGUUGCUGCCAAGGUCGAGCACGCAGGUAUCUAUCCGAACAACAAUGUCCUGGACCUCAACUUCGGCGAUCUUGAUCCCUCGGUUAACGGGAAUCUGCUCGCCUCACCGCUCAGCCAAGGUGUCGGCCAGGGCAGAGGCCGUACUGGCAGCCAAGGUUCCAUGGCGAGCAACGGACGUCUCGGCUCGGUACCCCAGAACGUGGCCGGCAAUAACAUGGCCGGGAUGCCACAACAGCGCCAUACCAAUUUCUGGUUGCAACCUGUUACCAUGGAACAGAUUGUCAAGAAGCUGAACUCUGAAAUGAAGCAAGCUAGACAGCAAUCUCAGGAUCUUCAGCGGACUGGACAGUACAUCGAAUCGUUGUUAGCGAGCGAUCCGAAAAAAGAGCAGAAUAAGGCCUCCCCCAUGACAAAACAAUCGCCACUGAAAGGCGAUAUCAAGGCACGCUUCUCAGACCCUCCUGCUCCUCCACCAUCGCAACCCCUUCCCGAGAAACCGGAUGCAGCACAACUAUCCUUGCGCCGCGCGGAGACCGAGAAGCCGAAACUGCCCGGGAAUGCAAACGCCAGCAAAGGUGAUUCUUCCCAAAUCACGACUCUGGUCGAGGCUUUGAACAAUGCCAAGAAGGACUUUGAGAUGCAAAGCGCAAGGUUGAAGGAAGUGGAAGACCUGCUGGUUCAGGAACGUCUUGCACGAGAGAGCGCUGAGGAGCGUGCACAGCGAUUGGAGCUGGAAAGAAAGAAAGAUGUGGCUGGCAACAUUGUCGAGACGUAUACCAAUGGUGUUGACGACGUUGCAGCGGAAGAGGCGUCUGCUGUCUCGGAUGAUGCCGUCGGCGCAAAGACGAUAACGAUCGAGCCGCCACAAGCUUCAGAAACUGGCGCCUCCACUGCUCAGCUUCAACAACACAUUGAAUCUAUGGUUGCGGAAAUGGAUCGCAUGCGGCAAGAGAUGGAAUCAUACAAACAACGCGCUGAGAAGGCAGAGUCCGAAAGUGCGAAAGAUCGUCAAACGCUCGCAGAAAUGAUUGAGAGCAUCCGCAAACAAGAGACUGAGCGUGCAACCAAAACCUCUCAAGGAAGCAAGUCGGAGAAUGACCGAGGUAUAGACACGACAGUUGAUGUGGAUGGAGCGCAGGAUCGAAUUUCUCAAGAUGGAGAGAUCAGAAACUCGUCACCCACGUCUACCUCAAUUUCACGAGAGAUCGGAAUCCAAAACGGACGGCCUCUCCAAAGCGAACAGGGCGCAGUAUCCAAGGAAAACGGGCCUCAUGCCCUUGUCACCAAGUCGCAGGGAGGCGAACAGCUCGCGCACGUCGGCCCGUAUGCAUCGAUGGUGGGCGUCGUGGUCCUCGGUCUGAGUAUCAUGGCGUACAUCAACGGAUGGCAAAAGCCGCUGGAGAGGUGA